AUGGCCACGGGCGAAGGAAGGAAAGAUAUCUGUCAUUUUUCGGCAUUUCUGACCUUGAUGGUCGCUCUGCUGUGGCUCAACUGUGGUGAAGCUCUGGUUUUCGACAACUCCACCUGUCCCCCACCGGAGGCCACUUAUGGCGACCCGCCAGACACCAUCCAAAUCACCCUGGCUCCCGAGUCGUCGACCGCCAUCGUCUCCUGGACCAACCCGGUGCUCGUUUCUCCGCCGGCGAGUACGCUCGCGUUCAUAUUCUGCGACCCGGACCCUAACAUGGACCCGGACGUUUUCUGCUCUUCCGGCAACGAAUUUCCGGUCACAGUCAACAACGAGCACGGUGGUCGGGUCGAAGUCAUCUACCAACUCUCGGACACCAGUGAUCUCUUUGAUCAAGCAGAUUGUACAUUCUACAUCUCAAUUCUGGAUGGAACCGACCCUACAAUAACUUGCCCGGCAAGCUUCACAGCUAAUACAGAUCUAGACACGGCAACAUUCGAGUACUAUUUACCAACACCCGACAUCAGCGACAACUCUGAGGGCGUGGUCUUUACCACUGACUUCAUCAGCGGUACCGCCCUCAACGUUGGUUCUCACGUUGUGACGUUUACUGCCACAGAUACGUCUGGGAACACAGCCAACUGUUCGUUUACGGUGAAUGUUGAAGAUAACCAGAUACCGUACUUGGAAUGUCUCCCCACGCUGGAAAUCAACACCGAAAUCGAUCUCCCCCACGGAAUUGCAACAUGGAUGAUUCCUGCGCCAAUCGAUAACUCUGGUGGAGUGAUUAAUCAGGAUGAAAACCUUGUCAGCCCGGCCAAUCUACCAAUUGGCCGUCACGUUGUUACCUACAAUGCCACAGAUGAGAGUGGCAACACGGCAGAAUGCACCUUUGACAUCAUAGUAACUGAUAACCAACCACCCAAGAUAGAGUGUCAACAGUUAAACUACACGACUGAAGCUGGACAGCCCUAUGCAUCAGUUACGUUGCCACUAGAACCACCUAUGGUCUCCGAUAACUCCGGCCACUACACCGUUCUAGCGGUCAUCACAUACCCCGAUGGUUCAGAGAUUGUGUACGACACUGCUUUAAGUCAACCCUUUCGUUAUGAUGAGAGUUAUUCCAUGCAGUAUUCGGUGGUGGAUGGUUCGGGGCAAAUGGUGGCGUGUGCGGUCAGCAUAGUUGUGGAGGAUGAUGAGGCUCCUGUGAUAAUGUGUCCUCCCGACGAUUCCAGAUCUACUGAUGUUGGCAUGCCUCAUUCCUCCGAUGCUCCUGGUCUUCCGACGGUAUCAGAUAAUUCUGGGGAAGACAUCGCAUUUACAGUGGAUGACACAGGACCUUACGAAAUCGGAGCCAGCCCAGUGACUUUUAGUGUGGAGGAUUCCAACGGAAACAGUGCUUCUUGUUUAGUGACAAUCACAGUCAUAGACGACGAAAGACCUACUAAUCUUACAUGUGGGGAUGGUUUCGUCUCUACUGACCCAGGAUCUGUGAUCGCCACGGCCGCAUAUACCCUACCAACUGCGGAUGACAACUCGGGUCUGGCUGUAACAGUGCAGUGCAUACCGGUGUUAGGUGCUCCACUCACCUUAGGAAGCCACAUGGUGACCUGUGUUUUCCGAGACCAAGCGGAGCCUGUCAAUGUCAACUACUGUACCAUAACAUUGGAGGUUAUAGACUUGGAAGACCCGGUUAUUUCCUGCCCACCCAACGUCAGUGUUCCGACAGAUUCCGGGCAGGCCUUCGCUUCUUUGACUUUGCCAACCGGCUAUACUGCUACGGACAAUCUAGGGAUCUCACACGUCAACGUCGUCGGGGUAAACGGCGAGGGACCCUUCGCGCCUGGGGAUAGCUACAACUUCUUGCUGUCUGCUAGCCCCUACUCUUGGUACUACAUAGCUACAGAUACAGCAGGAAAUAACAAUAGUUGUUUCUGGACGGUCAACGUGUACGAUGAUGAGCCUCCUGUGGUCGGUAGUUGUGACUUUUUCACCGGGAGUCCCUUUUCAACUGAUUCGAACCAGCGGUAUAGCACAGUAGAUAUCGACUCUCCCUCCGUUAGCGACAACUCUGGAUUUUAUGAGACUAGGGUUUUUCUGUAUUCACCCGCGGACAGGUCUGCCGAGCUAAUAGGACCUCUCGCCUAUAACAUCAGCGAACUACCCAUCAGCAUAGAAUUGGACUACAACCUGACAUUCAGCUAUUACCUUUCGAUGUGUUUCAAUGAUGCAGCUGGUAACGCUGUUUGUCCUCAAUGCGCCGACUAUUUUCAUGUGAUAGAUGACGAGAGUCCAACUGUCCUCUGUCCGGAUGACGUUCAGGGGGUCACAGACCCAGGAGUCCAUGAUGUACAGUUGUCGUUCAGCCAAGCUAGUUACUCGGAUAACUCCGAUGACUCACUUGCCUUCCAGCAAUUAGGGGGCGAGUCCGGCGACCGAUAUCCGUACGGAACACAUACCAUCACAUUCACGGUGACAGAUCUAAGCAACAACGUCGGCUCAUGUGAUAUGACCAUUACUGUGGAUGAUGACCAGAAUCCCACGAUUGUGUGUCCUGCAAAUGUGAACGUAAACACAGAUGUUGCAGAGUCAUAUGCUUCAGUAUCCCUUCAAAAUUUCAUGAGUAUGUCAGACAAUGUAGGAAUCACUGACACUUGGGUCGACGCACUGGCCUCUAUGCAUGAAGUAGGCGAUACGCUUUCAUUUGGCUACAGCGCUAUGCCUUAUCAAGUAACUUAUCAGGCACGAGAUGACGCUGGAAAUGCAGCCAACUGUUUAAUUACAGUCACAGUUGGGGACAAUGAAAUGCCCACUAUAACCUGUCCAGCAAAUGGGUUAAUAAACUUAAAUACGGAUGACGGGCAGUCGUAUGCUACUAGCACAGUUCCCAGUGAAGACAUGCAAAAUGACAACGUUGGAGUCGCCAGUGUCGUUAUCACGGUUAAUGAUCAAAAUGGCGAAGUUCUCUCUGCUGGUGCUGAAAGGACUUUCCCGUUUGGCACCAACAGCUUGUACUACAAGAUAACAGAUGUUGCUGACAACGAGAAUUCCUGCACAUUGACAAUUGAAGUUGAAGACCAUGAGAUGCCCACUAUAACCUGUCCAUCAGAUGGGUUAAUAAAUGCAAAUACGGAUAGCGGGCAGGCGUAUGCUAACAUUACACUUCCCAACGAAGACGUCAAAAAUGACAAUGUUGCAGUCGCCAGUGUCGUUAUCACGACUGUUGAUCCAAAUGGCGCAUCGCGUCGAAGAAGGCUUCUUUUUGUCGGAGAUAUGUUCAAUCCUGGUGAUCAAAUGACUUUCCUGUAUGGCACCAACUACGUGUACUACAUCAUAACAGAUACUUCUGGCAAUGAAAAUUCCUGCACAUUGACCAUUGAAGUUGGUGAUGACCAGGAUCCCAUGAUUGUGUGUCCUGCAAAUGUGAACGUAAACACAGAUGUUGCAGAGUCAUAUGCUUCAGUAUCCCUUCAAAAUUUCAUGAGUAUGUCAGACAAUGUAGGAAUCACUGACACUUGGGUCGACGCACUGGCCUCUAUGCAUGAAGUAGGCGAUACGCUUUCAUUUGGCUACAGCGCUAUGCCUUAUCCAGUAACUUAUCAGGCACAAGAUGACGCUGGAAAUACAGUCAGCUGUAGUAUUACAGUCACAGUUUGGGACAAUGAAAUGCCCACUAUAACCUGUCCAGCAAAUGGGUUAAUCAACUUAAAUACGGAUGAUGGGCAGUCGUAUGCUACCAGCACAGUUUUCAGUCAAGACAUGCAUUAUGACAACGUUCAAGUCGCCAGUGUCGUUAUCACGGUUAAUGAUCAAAAUGGCGAAGUUCUCUCUGCUGGUGCUGAUAGGACUUUCCAGUUUGGCACCAACAGCUUGUACUACAAGAUAACAGAUGUUGCUGGCAACGAGAAUAACUGCACAUUGACAAUUGAAGUUGAAGACGAUGAGAUGCCCACUAUAACCUGUCCAUCAGAUGGGUUAAUAAAUGCAAAUACGGAUAGCGGGCAGGCGUAUGCUAACAUUACACUUCCCAACGAAGACGUCGAAAAUGACAAUGUUGCAGUCGCCAGUGUCGUUAUCACGACUGUUGAUCCAAAUGGCGCAUCGCGUCGAAGAAGGCUUCUUUUUGGCGGAGAUAUGUUCCAUCCUGGUGAUCAAAGGACUUUCCCGUAUGGCACCAACUACGUGUACUACAUCAUUACAGAUACUUCUGGCAACGAAAAUUCCUGCACAUUGACCAUUGAAGUUGGUGAUGACCAGAAUCCCACGAUUGUGUGUCCUGCAAAUGUGAACGUAAACACAGAUGUUGCAGAGUCAUAUGCUUCAGUAUCCCUUCAAAAUUUCAUGAGUAUGUCAGACAAUGUAGGAAUCACUGACACUUGGAUCAACGCAGGGGGCUCUGUGCAUGAUGUAGGCGAUACGGUUUCAUUUGACUACAGUACUAUGCCUUAUCAAGUAACUUAUCAGGCACGAGAUCACGCUGGAAAUGCAGCCAACUGUUUAAUUACAGUCACAGUAGGGGACAAUGAAAUGCCCACUAUAACCUGUCCAGCAAAUGGGUUAAUCAACUUAAAUACGGAUGACGGGCAGUCGUAUGCUACUAGCACAGUUCCCAGUGAAGCCAUGCAACAUGACAACGUUCAAGUCACCAGUGUCGUUAUCACGGUUAAUGAUCAAAAUGGCGAAGUUCUCUCUGCUGGUGCUACUAGGACUUUCCAGUUUGGCACCAACAGCUUGUACUACAAGAUAACAGAUUCUGCUGGCAACGAGAAUUCCUGCACAUUGACAAUUGAAGUUGAAGACGAUGAGAUGCCCACUAUAACCUGUCCAUCAGAUGGGUUAAUAAAUGCAAAUACGGAUAGCGGGCAGGCGUAUGCUACCAUUACACUUCCCAACGAAGACUUCGAAAAUGACAAUGUUGCAGUCGCCAGUGUCGUUAUCACGACUGUUGAUCCAAAUGUCGCAAUGCGUCGAAGAAGGCUUCUUAAUGACGGAGAUAUGUUCAAUCCUGGUGAUGAAAGUACUUUCCCGUAUGGCACCAACUACGUGUACUACAUCAUAACAGAUACUUCUGGCAACGAAAAUUCCUGCACAUUGACCAUUGAAGUUGGUGACAAUGAAAUGCCCACUAUAACCUGUCCAUCAAAUGGGUUAAUAAACUUAAAUACGGAUGACGGGCAGUCGUAUGCUACCAGCACAGUUUUCAGUCAAGACAUGCAUUAUGACAACGUUCAAGUCGCCAGUGUCGUUAUCACGGUUAAUGAUCAAAAUGGUGAAGUUCUCUCUGCUGGUGCUGAUAGGACUUUCCAGUUUGGCACCAACAGCUUGUACUACAAGAUAACAGAUUCUGCUGGCAACGAGAAUAACUGCACAUUGACAAUUGAAGUUGAAGACCAUGAGAUGCCCACUAUAACCUGUCCAUCAGAUGGGUUAAUAAAUGCAAAUACGGAUAGCGGGCAGGCGUAUGCUAACAUUACACUUCCCAACGAAGACGUCAAAAAUGACAAUGUUGCAGUCGCCAGUGUCGUUAUCACGACUGUUGAUCCAAAUGGCGCAUCGCGUCGAAGAAGGCUUCUUUUUGUCGGAGAUAUGUUCAAUCCUGGUGAUCAAAUGACUUUCCUGUAUGGCACCAACUACGUGUACUACAUCAUAACAGAUACUUCUGGCAAUGAAAAUUCCUGCACAUUGACCAUUGAAGUUGGUGAUGACCAGGAUCCCAUGAUUGUGUGUCCUGCAAAUGUGAACGUAAACACAGAUGUUGCAGAGUCAUAUGCUUCAGUAUCCCUUCAAAAUUUCAUGAGUAUGUCAGACAAUGUAGGAAUCACUGACACUUGGAUCAACGCAGGGGGCUCUGUGCAUGAUGUAGGCGAUACGGUUUCAUUUGACUACAGUACUACGCCUUAUCAAGUAACUUAUCAGGCACAAGAUGACGCUGGAAAUACAGUCAGCUGUAGUAUUACAGUCACAGUUUGGGACAAUGAAAUGCCCACUAUAACCUGUCCAUCAAAUGGGUUAAUAAACUUAAAUACGGAUGACGGGCAGUCGUAUGCUACCAGCACAGUUUUCAGUCAAGACAUGCAUUAUGACAACGUUCAAGUCGCCAGUGUCGUUAUCACGGUUAAUGAUCAAAAUGGCGAAGUUCUCUCUGCUGGUGCUGAUAGGACUUUCCAGUUUGGCACCAACAGCUUGUACUACAAGAUAACAGAUUCUGCUGGCAACGAGAAUAACUGCACAUUGACAAUUGAAGUUGAAGACAAUGAAAUGCCCACUAUAACCUGUCCAGCAAAUGGGUUAAUAAACUUAAAUACGGAUGAUGGGCAGUCGUAUGCUACUAGCACAGUUCCCAGUGAAGCAUUGCAAAAUGACAACGUUGAAGUCUUGAGUGUCGUUAUCACGGUUAAUGAUCAAAAUGGCGAAGUUCUCUCUCCUGGCGCUAAUAGGACUUUCCAGUUUGGCACCAACAACUUGUACUACAAGAUAACAGAUGUUGCUGGCAACGAGAAUAACUGCACAUUGACAAUUGAAGUUGAAGACGAUGAGAUGCCCACUAUAACCUGUCCAUCAGAUGGGUUAAUAAAUGCAAAUACGGAUAGCGGGCAGGCGUAUGCUAACAUUACACUUCCCAACGAAGACGUCGAAAAUGACAAUGUUGCAGUCGCCAGUGUCGUUAUCACGACUGUUGAUCCAAAUGGCGCAUCGCGUCGAAGAAGGCUUCUUUUUGGCGGAGAUAUGUUCCAUCCUGGUGAUCAAAUGACUUUCCCGUAUGGCACCAACUAUGUGUACUACAUCAUAACAGAUACUUCUGACAAUGAAAAUUCCUGCACAUUGACCAUUGAAGUUGGUGACAAUGAAAUGCCCACUAUAACCUGUCCAGCAAAUGGGUUAAUAAACUUAAAUACGGAUGACGGGCAGUCGUAUGCUACUAGCACAGUUCCCAGUGAAGACAUGCAAAAUGACAACGUUGAAGUCUUGAGUGUCAAUAUCACGGUUAAUGAUCAAAAUGGCGAAGUUCUCUCUGCUGGUGCUAAUAGGACUUUCCAGUUCGGCACCAACAGCUUGUACUACAAGAUAACAGAUGUUGCUGGCAACGAGAAUUUCUGCACAUUGACAAUUGAAGUUGAAGACAUGGAGCCACCAGCCGUCAGUUGUUCGUCUUCCUUCUCAGUGGAAACGCAAGAAGGAUCGAACCAGGUGCUCGUUCCCUUGCCAGAAUUCCUUGAUAGGUCCGACAAUGUUGGUUUGGGACCUAGCUUUGUCAGGUCCAGUUUACAUGUAGGACGUUUUGAAGUCGGGGACAAUGUGUCUUUCUGGUACCAAAACUCUGUUCCUGUUGUGUUAACCUACUACGCUUUUGACACGCGUGAAAACUAUGCUUCCUGUGACCUCAAUGUGACCGUGACGGAUCCUGAGCCACCUGUCAAUGUCACGUGUCCUGCUGAUGUUGUCACUGACACAGUCGAUGGCGAAUCGUAUGGCCUCGUGUCACUCCUCGCCGCAUCGGCGACUGACAAUACUGGCGUUGUGUCAUUCUGGGUAACAUUCGGUAGCAUCACUCUGCCAUCCGGUACAAUGAGCCCAACGAGGUUUGAACACACACCCUCGACCCCACACGUUGUAGUCUACCACGUGGCCGAUUUCGAUGGGAACGAGGCUGUGUGUAAUGCUACUGUCACAGUAAAUGAUGAUGAACCGCCCAAGAUAGCCUGCCCAACAGGUGUUCUCCUGGACAUCCCAGAUGGAGUUGUUACUGUGGCCGUCUCCCUGCCAGUCCCUGAUGUCACAGAUAACGUACCAGGGGAGAUACUCAUUGAGACGACUCCUGCCAAUAACUCGCAAUUUCCCGCGGUGGAGUCGACUAUCGUCACCUACAUUGCCACAGACAGGGCAGGGAAUGUGGCAUCCUGCAACAUAACAGUCUUCAUUGAAGAUAACAUCCCUCCAGUGUUGACCUGCCCAGACAACAUGACCUUGCCCACGCUUUUCAACCGAUCCUACGGGCCGGUAUCCUGGCCAAACCCAACCGCCACAGACAACAUUCCUGAUCAGCCAAUCGCAAUAACCUCGGACAUCCAACAGGGGGCGCUGUUUCCCUUAGGCCCGGUCACUAUCGAACUGAUAGGGACCGACUCGGCGGGAAAUAAUGGUUCCUGUCAUUUCACCAUAACGAUAAUCGACAUUGAAAAUCCUGUUAUUUACGGAUGUCCGGGGAAUUUGAAUUACUCCACUGAUCUCGGAGAGCCCUUUGGACGUGCAUCCUACGAAGAACCGACAGCUGUCGACAAUUCAGGAUCGGUCGAGGUGAUAGGACUUCAAAGGAGCAACAUAUUCGAGAUCGGGCCGACAGAGGUAGUUUACGUCGCCGUCGACAAAGCACUAAAUCUGGCAGAGUGUCGUUUUACAGUUACAGUUUAUGACAUGGAAAGCCCUGAUGUUCAGAAUUGCCCGUCAGACUUUGAGGUCUUCAUCAUUCAACUUUCGAUGGCGAGCACCGUCACCGUAGGGUGGCAGGAACCAGACUUCACAGAUAACUCCGGCAUUGAGGUUGCCGUGAGUUCCACUCCCAUUUCCAACAAUCAGAUGCAGUCUGUAGGGACUUAUCCAGUGACUAUAACUGGGGCGGAUCCUUCGGGCAAUACUGCAGUCUGCACGUUCAUCGUGGAAGUCCGUGCGUACGACAUGACACCUCCUCACUUCGAUAACGACUGUCCGGCGAGGUUUUCCUUCGACAACGACCCUGGGUCAGAUUCCUGGUUCUCUGAGGAUCACCUCGUGGUAGCGAUAGAUGACAAUAGUGGGUUAGCAACUGUUGUCUACACCAACGAGUUGUCUUCUUAUCCUAUCGGUUUGACGGAGGUCUCGGUGUAUGCAGAGGACAGCGCUGGUAACAACGCUACCUGCAGCUACAUCAUUGAAGUCGUCGAUGUUGAUCCCCCCAACAUCACCAACGGUUGUCCUGGUGACAUCAUAAUAAACACAGCCCUUGGAGUAGCUGUUGGGUAUCCGACGUGGACAACUCCUGAAGCGACCGAUAAUUCAGGCGAAGUGACGCUGACAUCUGAUCACCAAUCUGGGGAUUCUUUUGACAUUAGAGAUACAUUGGUGACCUACACGGCGAUUGAUGCACAUAACUUGACGGACACGUGCACAUUUGUGGUCACUGUAAUAGAUAUUGAGAACCCGAUGAUCCAAUCAGCUCCCACUGACAUCACCGAACCCACGGAUCCCGGCCUGGCUAAUGCUGUCGUGACAUGGCCACUGCCUUCUGUCACUGACAAUGACCAGCUCGUUGUUACUGACACUCGUUCCCACGACCCUGGUGACGUCUUCCCACUGGGACAGACUGUGGUGACGUACAACUUCACGGACAGUAGCGGUAACCUCGUAUCUCACCAAUUCGUCGUCACUGUUGAAGACAGACAACCACCGAAUUUCAAUGACACCUGCCCAACGUCCGCAGUGGAGCAAUUCACGCCAUUGGGCACCGCCACUGCCGUCGUCCAAUGGGCUGUCCCGGUGGCCGUAGACAAUGUUCAGGUCGUUAAUACAACCUCCAAUCAGGUGCCUAUGGAUGUGUUUCCUAUUGGCCCAACUGAGGUGACCUACGAGGCCGAAGAUGCGGCUGGAAAUACGGGCACUUGCUCGUUUACAGUCAUCGUAUAUGAUACCGAAGAUCCAGUAUUCCCCAUCUGUCCAAUGAGCAUCCUCCAAGCUACUGACGAAGGAAGCCCCUUUGCAACUGUGUCGUGGACAGUGCCAAACGUCACCGAUAACUCUGGCCAGACACCGACGGUCGAAGCCUCGGACAUGCCCGGUGAUACGUUUGAAAUCGGCUCGCAUACAGUGACUUACCUAGCUGAAGACAAUGAGGGGAAUACCGGACUUUGCUCCUUCGUCAUCACUGUAUUUGAUGACGAGGACCCAAUUUUCAUGUGGUUCCCCGAUGACAUCAUGGUCAACGUCCCUGACGACUCUGGUGAGGUCGUUGUCAACUGGCAACUGCCCAAUGCGACAGACAACGCAGAGCCACCGUCGUUUGAUGUCACCGACUACGUUCCAGGACACUCGUUCGCAAUUGGUGACCACGACAUUGUGUACACAGCACGAGAUGCAGCAGGCAAUCUUGUCACUCGAACGUUGCGUAUAUCAGUUUCUGACAUCCAUCUACCUGUCUUUGACACAUGUCCACCUGAUGUACCAAGCUUCAUAUCCACUGAUGAUAGCGAAGCCUUUGCUACGGUAACAUGGCGUCUUCCUAAUGCGACUGACAACUCUGGCAGUGCUGAGGUCACCUCCGUUCCAUCGCCUGAUGGAACCUUUGAAAUUGGUUUUGUGAAUGUCACCCUGACGGCUACCGAUCCCAGCGGCAACGAAGCUGUUUGUGUGUUCAGCUUCACUGUAGAAGAUGACGAAGACCCAGUAUUUCUGUCAAGUCCUGACAAUAUCAGCAUUUCGACGGAUCCAGGAUCGGCAAUGGGUACCGCAACAUGGGACGUACCGAUGGUAUCUGAUAACAGCGGUGACGUCACGGUGACGUCAACACAUCAACCGGGGGAACAAUUCAAUCUGGGAGCCACUACUGUCAUCUAUACAGUGAACGACACCGCAGGCAAUGAGGCUACCGUACAGUUUGUUGUCUUUGUAUCAGACAAUGAGGAUCCCCACUUCAACCAAGUACCAGCGACUAUCCGGGUACCAACUGAGUCUGGUGAACCGACUGCCAGCGUAGACUGGCCCGACCUGGAACCGGUGGACAAUGUCAUGGUUAUGGCUGUGUCAUGUGAUCACUCGUCAGGUGAUACCUUUGACACUGGAGAAACGCUGGUAACCUGCAACGUCACGGAUUCGGCUGGAAAUACAGCAACUGCUACUUUUACUGUCAUCGUGGGGGACAGCGAGAAUCCAUCUAUCCAGUGCCCCGAAUCAAUGAUCGUGGACACUGAUCUAGGGCUACCAACCGCCCAGGUCUCUUUUGCGACCACAUCGAGUGAUAACAGCGGCGAGGUUUCCGUGACCUGUAACCCCUCGUCUGGGUCUGACAUCGCCGUGCCUGGAGAGUCGGUGACGUGUGUAGCCACGGACCCCUACAGCAAUUCUGCAUCAUGUGUAUUCUUCAUUCUGGUGCUGGACGAGGAGCCACCAGUUCUGUUUGACUGUCCAUCGGAUAUCGAAGUUAACGAGCCACCAGAGGACUUCAUCAAUGGUUCCAUUGGGGUGACAUGGGCGGAGCCUAAUAUGACGGAUAACGUGGGCGUAGUUGAUUCCAGGGUCACCCAUUUACCGGGGAGUGUCUUUACGUACGGCAGCCAGCUGGUCAUCUACACGGCCAUUGAUGCAAGGGGAAACACGGCCACGUGUCAGUUUACUAUCAAUGUCAUUGACAUGUCCCCACCUGUACUGACUGGCUGCCCAGAGGACCUACCACCGUUCCCUACCGAUCCUGGUCUAGAUACCUCCACCGCGGUCAGCUGGCAGCCUCCAGUCGUGACCGACAACGCAGGUGUCAUUACCGUCACCCUGACACACCAACCAGGCAGUGUCUUCAAUCUUGGUGACACGAACGUCAGCUAUGUUGCCGUGGAUUCCAGCGGCAACAUGGCAAGCUGCAGCUUUGUGGUGACCGUUUAUGAUAACGAGGCACCCACGUUCGAUGGUUGCCCGAUCCAAGGCAUUCAGAACACCACCCUCCCUGGUAGCGACCUCGGCCAGGCAUUCUGGGAUAUCCCGGUACAUGGAGACAAUGUAGGUGUUGUCACGGUUACCUCUACAUCCGAUCCUGGGGCUACCUUCUCACUCGGUGCGAGUGUCGUCACCUAUGAGGCCACAGAUGCCGUUGGGCUGACAGGGACGUGCACGUUCCCUGUCUCAAUUCAAGAUCGUGAGAGCCCAGUCCUGUCCUGCCCUAGUGACAUCUACCACCACACUGACGUCAGCGCAGCUGGGGCUUUCGUCACCAUUCCUAGCGUACCGGCCACCGAUAACGUCGACGUCAUCACUGACGUGCGGUGCCAGGCUGGAAGCUUCUUCCCUAUUGGUCCAACCGAAGUCAGCUGUUUCGCCAACGACAACAGCGGGAACGUUGGCAGCUGUACCUUCCGUGUCAUUGUCACAGCUGAUGAGGAAGAUCCCGUAAUAGACAGCUGCCCUUCAGAUAUCAUCCAGUUUGUUUCUGACGGACAGACGCAGCUGCAGGUUUCCUGGACGACUCCUAACGCUUCCGAUAACUCAGGUAACUUGACCUUGAGCUCAUCGAUUGAUCCUGGGUCCAGGUUCUCCAUCGGCGACACUCCCGUCACGUACACGGCCGUGGAUCCCUUCGGCAAUACUGCAGUCUGCACCUUCACAGUCAGCGUGAGAGAUCCCACAGACACCAUCCCACCAACCAUCAGCUGCCCGUCUGGUAUCCUGACUUCCACCGAUCAGGGCUUGGUGACUGCCGCGGCAACCUGGCAAUCUCCUACGGCAUCGGAUGAUCAGGGUACACCGACCGUUACAUCCAGCCCUGCCAUGGGCUUCAAUUUUCCGAUCGGUACUACUGUAGUUGUCUACACAGCUAGUGAUCAGGGCGGGAACCAGGCCACUUGCUCCUUCAAUGUCAGUGUUGUUGACAAUGAAGCACCUGUUAUCACCAACUGCCCACCAGGAGCCACUUAUCCCGUAGCCACAGCCUCAGCCUUAGCCCUAGUCAGCUGGAAUCUGCCAACGGCUACCGACAAUGUCGCAGUAGAAAGCCUCAGCUCCAACAUGGAGAAUGCUACGUCAUUGGGCGUUGGUGCGUACAGUGUGGUGUACACGGCUCAGGAUGCAGCCGGCCUCACGGAUACCUGCACCUUCGCCAUUGUAGUGACCGCAGAUCAAUGUGACGUUAAUGAUACCCAAGCUUGCCCCGGGGAUCUGACCUGUAUUUUCAUCACGGGGAUCUUCAAAUGCGAGUGCCCAUUUGGGUUCUACCGUGCACCGGGCACCACGACCUGUCUCGGCUCCAUCGAGAUAAGAACCACGAUCAUCAUCGUAGAGUUUGUGUAUCCCAACUUGGUGCUGCCAGCAACCUUUAAUGACGCUCUUCUGGAUCCCACAACAGACGAAUAUCAUGUCAUGCAAGCCGAUCUAGAAAGAAUCCUGACGGUGAUUUUCAGCCGACUUCAUCGAUUCUUUCGUAUCCGAGUCUUCAACUUCUUCUCGGGCAGUAUCGGUUUUACCAUGCUCGGUACUUUCGAUAACAUAACCAACACGUCAAUUGAGAUGUUUGAGCAAACCUUGAACGACUCCAUCACCGUCGGCGAUCUUCUUGCUGGAUCGAUUUACAAAGUCACUCCGAGUUCCAUAAAAGCGCACGAGAUUGUCUGUGACGAGGGUUAUUGUCUGAAUGGAGCGACAUGCCAAGCCAGUCAAAUGAACUACCAAAGCACAUGCCGGUGUUUGGAAGGGUACACUGGAGACAGGUGUGAGCAGCAGACACUGCCAACCACUGACGAGCCUAAGAUGACAACAUCUGAGCCUACACAAGGCUUAUCAACCCUAGCGAUUGUCUUGAUAGCAGUGAGUGCAAUGCUUGUGAUGUUUAUCGUCAUGAUGUGUUUGCUGUGUUGCUGCUGCUUGUCAGCUGCUUCCUCCAGAAGACAAAAGAUUCGUAUGUAUGAGGCCGAGCAUGAGUAUCCAACAUGGCCUGGGUACCUGUACCGUGCCAACGUCCUUCCCAGAGCGUUGGGUGAAGGUCGUUACCUUUCUCCCAAUUCACGACAUCCGGGUUUUACUCGACCCUAUGUUGCUACCGGCGACGAGGAACAGAUGGCCCACGACCUCCGAAUGGAAUACAAUAUGUACUGAAAUGGUUGUGAAUGCAACAAGACCCCGGAAUGACCAGUGGAACAAUAUUGAUUGACAUAGGAUUCUUUUGAAGAUUGAAUUGCGAAGGCACUCCUGUGCGAAAUAUAUAGCCUGCUGCAUGUUAAUCUAUUAUGUAAAAUAGUUCAGUGUUUUCCCUGCCCAUUCAAACGUGAGGCGGCCCACCUCGCUACUUUCAGUGAUCACCUCGCUCAAUUUUCUGCCAAUAA